AUGGGUAAAAAAGAUAGAAAAAAUUCCGUUGUCUUAGAUUUAGAAAAUUGUGAAAGGUUAGAACAUUUGAAAGCCAUUCCAAAAAGUAGAUCAUCUUCAAUUACUUCAGUUGAAAGUGAAGAUGGUACUAUUGAAAGUGUUUUGAAACCUCCACCAAUGAGAGAAUUUGAAGACAUUACUGCUUUCGAAAGUUACAUCAGGGAUGAAACUUGGGAUAAUGAUUUUGAUUAUAUUCAUGCCCAUUUAAAAUACAUUCCACCAUUUAUCAUGAAGGAAUGUCAUGAUAAUUUAGAUAAGAUUAAACCUACUGCUAACAAGAAUUCACGUAAGUUUAAGAGAAAUUUACAACAUCAUAUCAAGAGGCAUUUGAUGAAAGAUAUGCAAAUCUGUUCUGGAUAUGAUAUGGACUUCAAGAAGGUCGCAGUUGAUGAAACUCCUAAAAAGAUGACAUGGAAAUUCGAAGAUGUCACUGAUCAUGGAUUCCUGCAAGAAGAAGAAGAUUUAUUCGAUAGACAUUGGAAAUUAGAAUUAGAAGUUACUUGUAACAAUGAAAAUGCUAUGGUCGAUGUUGAUUAUAAAGCUAUCCCAAUUUAA